CUCCCGAAAUACCUCCGAUGUUGCGGCUAAAUGACCACAGCCUCUCCUCACCCGCCCGGAAACAAAAAAGUGGCUUACGCUUACCAACUCGCUCUGUCCUCCUGCUGCUGCGCCGCCGCGGCGGGUGGUUCCGCGUUUACGCAGAGCAAGACAAGAGCAGUUAGGAGUUCCUUGCCGGCGCCGUCACUGCGAGAGUAUGGAGCGCUCCGAAGCCUACUACUUCUCGGCAGCUCUCAGCUGCACCUUCCUCAUCUCCUGCCUGCUAUUUUCGGCGUUCAACCGCCAGCAGCUCUCGCCGUACAUGGACGAGGCCUUCCACGUCCCUCAGGCGCAGGCCUAUUGUGAGAGCCGGUUCAAGCAGUGGGACCCUAUGAUCACUACACUGCCUGGUUUAUACUUGGUGUCAGUUGGAAUUGUGAAACCUGCAGCAUGGCUCUUUGGAUGGUCUGGAAGCAUAGUCUGCUCUACAGGAAUGCUCAGAUUCAUUAAUCUGCUUUUCAGCAUUGGGAACUUCUAUUUACUAUAUUUGCUUUUUUGCAGGAUGCAUCAUAAAAAGGCUGCCUCUGGAUUCCAGAGAAUCCUAUCAACCUUGACGCUAGCAGUAUUUCCAACUCUUCAUUUUUUUACAUUCCUUUACUAUACUGAUACCGGUUCAGUAUUUUUUACUCUCUUUGCAUAUUUAAUGUGUCUUUAUGGCAAUCAUAAAACUUCAGCCCUGCUUGGAUUUUGUGGCUUCAUGUUUCGUCAGACAAACAUUGUAUGGACUGUGUUCUGUGGUGGAAGUGUUGUUGCACAAAAGCUAAAUGAAGCCUGGAAGGCAGAAUUGUUGAAAAACAAAGACCAGAAGAGCUCACCUGCAAAGGGAUCCUUUUCUGAACUAAUCAGAAUCUUCAGAUUUUUCCUUGAGUACCUCAUGUCCCUUAAAAACUUAGCCACUCUUUUUCUUCUGAUAUGGUCAUACAUCAGUAUGGUGAUGGUGUUCUUUAUAUUUGUGGUCCUCAAUGGUGGAAUUGUUGUUGGUGACAGGAGCAGCCACGAAGCCUGUCUGCAUUUCCCUCAGCUCUUCUACUUUUUUUCUUUUACUCUCUUUUUUUCCUUCCCUCAUCUAGUGACCCCUAGCAAAAUUAUCAGUUUUCUCCAUUCUGUGAGGAAGCACUUGUUGCAAUACAGCAUCCUCACCAUCAUCUCUUUGUUCCUUGUCUGGAAGUUUACAUUUGCUCAUAAGUAUUUGCUUGCAGAUAACAGACAUUACACAUUUUAUGUGUGGAGAAAAAUAUUUCAAAGACACGAGCUUGUGAAGUACAUAUUAGUUCCAGUCUAUAUAUUUGCCGGCUGGAGCUUCACAGAUGCACUGAAGUCAAAAUCUCUUUUCUGGAACUUGGUAUAUUUUUUAUGUUUGUUUACAGUUACAGUUUCCCAGAAGCUACUAGAAUUUCGUUACUUCAUUUUGCCAUAUAUCAUUUAUAGGCUGAAUAUUCCUAUGCCAUCACUUUUGAAACUCUUCCUGGAAUUGACUUUUUAUAUUUUGGUGAAUGCAGUAACAUUCCAUUUAUUUUUGAACAAACCAUUUCAGUGGGAAAAUAGUGAGGAAAUCCAGAGGUUUAUGUGGUAGUUUUGAGCGUCCAGGAAGUCUAGAUUCUAGGACCUUUCCCGCAGCAAGUAAGAGACUGGAGAUUUGGAAACUCUACCAAGGAAAACUAAAUAUUCUGGACACUGGUAACUGGAAGUGAAUGUGAAAUCUGAUGCACCGUUUUUGCAGAUAUUGAGCAGACAUUUUUAUAUGGUUAGCAUCCUGGGAACUAAUAAAUACAAGAUCAAAGAAA